AUGGAGGAAAUGGAGGAUGUGUGGAGAAGGUUGAAGUUGAAUGAUGAGGAGGAGAGUUCGAUUGAAAUUCAACAGGAUGUGGUAGGGUUGACAAAAUUGAAGGGCGAAAGAAGUUUGGUUGGGAAGGUGAUUUCGGAUCGAAAGAUUGGAAGGGAUAUUGUCAGAUCGAUGAUGGAAAAGAUGUGGAAGGUUGGUAAACCGUUAGAAUUUCAUGAUAUUGGGAGUAAUUGUUUUGUUAUUUCUUUUGUCAAUCGAAGAGAUAAAGUGAGAGUUCUUGAUGGUUGUCCAUGGUUGUUUGAUAACCAUUUGUUUGUUCUCAAGGAUUUUGAUGGGGAAUCGCAGCCUAGUCAGUUUGAUUUCGAUCAUGCUUGUCUGUGGAUGCAGAUGCUGAAUUUACCUCUGAGUUAUAUGAAUAAGAAAAUGGGGGAGGUAAUUGGAAGAUCUGUGGGGGAGGUUAUGGAGGUAGAUGUACAAGAGGAUGGUGUGGCUUGGGGGAGGUGUUUGAGAGUGAAGGUGGACUGUGAUUUAAGAAGGCCUUUAGCUCGUGGAAGAACCAUUGUUGUGGAGGGAAGAUCUAGCUGGGUGCCAUUUCAGUAUGAGAAAUUGCCUAGGAUUUGCUUUAAUUGUGGAAGGAUUAUUCAUGAGAAGGAUGGAUGUAAGGAAAGGGAGGGGAAUUCUAGUUAG